AUGUCUGGCCAGGACACUGAGGACUUUGGAGCAGGAAAGCUCUCGGACAAGUCUCGGAUGCUUCCGAGCCUCCCACCAUAUGACAUGGAUGACCAGCUCCUUCCUAGGGAGCGACGGAGCGCCUGGUGCUGCUUGGCCUGGACCCUGCUGGUUGCCACCAUGAACCUCUUGGUCUUUCUCAUGAAUCUGCUCCUGAUGUUUGUGAUUUUCACCAUCGUGCUGCUCCCUACCAUUGUGGUGGUUUACUUUGGCUUCCAAUGCCACUCUCAAGUUCUGCAUUCAGCUGCCCACUACUGCAAAAGCUUCUUGGAUGACAACAGCUCUUCUGCCCUCAUCAUCCUUGGCUUUGUCAUCAUGUCCCCUCUCAUUGUGGUGGCCAUGGCUAUCUACUGCAGCCUGGCAAGGCGCCUCCGUCUCUUCCUGUGCUUCCAGCCGUACAGCCGGGCUGUGUACAAGGGGGUGAAGUGCUGGUACGAGGAGGGAGGCCUGUGCAGCUGUGCCAGGGGCUGGAACACUCAAGUCAAGGCCUGGGUAUGAGUUUGCAGCACCAGAGGUUCUGCCAUAGCCAACACACUCUUCUCCUUGCCCUGUCCCUCCCCGCCAUCACCUCCCACAACCACCACCCUGAGGUCUCUGCAGAUGAGGGCUGUGUAGUACCUAGAUGUGAGAGGAAGGGAGAGCUUCCCAUGAGCCAUCUCCUACAGCUUUGUCUGUAAGUGGGUAGGGCUCUGCCCACCAUGAGGGAAACAUGGAAAACACAAGUUCUUGAUGGUAAAAACAAUGUUCAGCCCUGAAAAGAACAGGGACUGCUCCCAGUGCCUGCUGCCUUCAGAGCACAGCACUGGUUCCAGUCUUGACAGCAUGUUCUGCCUCACAUGGGAUGUAGAGUCCACGUGCAUAGGAUUAAACAGUGGUGGGAGCAGCUGCUGACUUUGCUGCGUGCCUUGGAGAGGUCUCUUUGGGAAAGGCAGCCUUUGGGGAAGCAUCCAGCCAAGAGGAAGCAACUGUGGUUUUCCCAAGUGUUGGGCUGCCAAUGUUUCCAGCCUCUGGCAAAGGUGUCUGUAGGGCAUUGCCUCUGUGAUUUUUGGGACCCGCCACUUUCCUCCACAUCAGAUAUUCUUCCCCUGCUUAGCAAUCCCUCUUUCCCAUAGCCUGUAGCAGUGUUUAUGCUCCUUUUGCUGUUCCUGACUCAGGUCACUGGGUUUGCUGUGGAAAUAAAUACUGAUCUUUGGGUCUCUUCCCUGCCAGCUGCUGAAACAUGCUUGUCUGGUGAUGGCUGAUGGCUGUUCACCAGCAAAUAGCUCCUUGUCCUUUAGGCUGUGGUCAGGUUGUUUUGUCUGGGGCUAAGUCUGGCUGAGGGUUCAAGUCAGUUGUAGGAUUCCUGGCAGGAGGAGCUGAAGACUCAUGGUGGCUGCUGAGCACUACACGUUCUCCCACAUCUGCACUAAGAGCUUAUGCCUGUGAAGGACAGUGUAUAAUGUUGUUUUCUGAGGGUCAUGGAUACCUAGAUUUAGGGUUAGUGCUGCAGUUUAAGAGUGGAGAGCUGGAAAGGAUUCUGAAUACUGUGGAUGAACUGGUGCCCCAGUAAAGCUGGGGGGACCUGCUGAGGACCUGCUGAGCAGGGGAGCCCAACUUCUGUUCCCUCCUGUGACUCUGCACAGCUCCCACAGGGCCUGACCUGAUGCUUGGCUGAGUCAGCUGGAUCUCCCUCUUGCUUUCAGUGAUCUCUUGAAGAAACACCACAGAUCCCCUGUCAUACGACAUGCCAUAAAUUGCAACUGAGUGGAAAGCACAGUGAGACGGUCUGGCAGGUAGGGAAAAGAUUUGGCAGCUUGAUGCAUGAUUCUCCCCUUUCAAAUCACUGUGGGUCUCUGUAGUGUUCACUCGGUAGAGUCUUUGUGCUACUGGUCACUGCAAGCUGUGUAUUCCCACUGGCUGUUGUU